AAAAAUCACCACAUACGACGACUUCCGACGGCCUUGGCGUCACCCUUACGUGCCCGUUGGAGGGGCUACUUAGUUUAGACCUUUUAAGUGUAGGUAUUAUAUUUAUUCGUCAGUUUACUGCAAGAGAACAACCAGAACCAUGAUGCUAGUCAAAUCAGUGAUAAUUGUGCUGUUGGGCUUAUGUACGUGUUACGGUCAAAAUGCCGAAGACUACAAUGAGGGUAACGACCAAUCAGUAGUAUCGGCUCGGAAAAAUCAAGAUGUAUCAAUACUUAAACAGAUUCACAGACACAACGAAGACGGAUCAUACACUUACGGGUACGAGGGAUCGGACGGAUCGUUCAAGAUCGAAACCAAGACGGUGACUGGUGAAGUGACGGGUAAAUACGGUUACGUGGACGACUCGGGCAAGUUGCGCGUCGUCGAGUACGGAGCCAACAGGUACGGUUUCCAGCCGUCGGGUGAGGGCAUAACCGUGCCGUCACCCACACUGGUGGAGUUGCGACCGGACGAGGACGAACGGGACGAGGAACCACAGGUGCCGGCCAAGAGACCGUCGCCCGCCAAACCUUCGAAACCGCUGUACCGACCACAGCAGAAACCACAACCACAACAGCCUCAGCCGAUAUCAGUGGCCUCCGAUUUUGAUGACGGCGAAUGGACGGCACAGCCCGCGGCCACCCGACCACAACAGCCGGCACCGUCUCAUCACCGUCCGUCGGCCGCGGCAUCGCGUCCGAACAAGUCAAUGCCUCCGGUGUCCGGUUCGUUCAGGGCCGUUCCCGUGGACGAGCAGUCGUCGGACUCGGGUCCGUCCGCGUCGUUCCAGUCGGUCCAAGACUUUGGCGACAGGCGGCUGGCCGCACGAAACGAACGUCUGCCCCCGCAAACCUCGGCACCCGUCGACCAUUCGUACCAAACGUUCGAGGAACACCAAGAACCGCUGACGGAACCGCCGACGCUGUACCAGCCGGUCGCCAAACCCGCGGCCAGGCGCACCGGAACCGCGGCGCCGAAGCUGUCCGGCAACUACCGCACGGCGCCCAGGCAGAUGCGCACCGGCGGCGUUCUCGACCAACUGGCCGAACAGUACGCGCUGCCCGAGUCCCAGUCGCCCGUGUCUCAUGACUUUUCGUUCGGAUCGGACUCGUGAGUGCAACGGACGUCCGUUUCGUUAGGCGCUUGUGUAAAUAUUCGUGUAUAUUUAAUAUGACAUUUUUUUUUAAUUGAAAAUAAACGACGAUUUUAUGUAUAAAAUUAA